CUAAAGUGAUACAACGGUUAUGACCCCCGGUGCGUGUAAAUUAAGAGAUAACAGUAAAGAUAUUGUAACGGAAAAUGGCCUAAUAAAUUAUUCUAAAUAAUAUCAUUAUUGCAACAAUAAUUAAGGAAUUAUUAUUAGGAAUAAUAAGAGCCAACCGUUACAAUAUUGAACUAGUCCUAUAUAUAUCCCAUCUAUUAUAGGAUUAGGAUAUCUCAUAUAUACAUUGCUACAUAGCACUGGAAGGUUAGCUGAUUAAUCACGUUGAAUUCCAGGGUUCUUCUUAAAGUGAUAAUGCAAAUGAAUUCUCAAGUUAAUUUUUCGAGCAUAUCUGCCAAUCUCAACUUCAUCCCUGUCCUAAAUGGUACUAACUUUAAGGAAUGGAAAGAAAAUAUUCUAAUAACUUUGGGCUGCAUGGAUCUUGACUUAGCAUUAAGGGUAGAGCAACCUGCUUCUCUUACGGAUGGUAGUACCCAAGAUGAAAAAAGGUACUAUGAGAAGUGGGAUCGCUCGAAUCGCUUAAGUCUUAUGAUCAUAAAGCGUGGCAUUCCAGAAUCUUUUAGGGGUGCUGUAUCCGAUGAGGUUACUAAUGCCAAGGAUUUCCUUUCUGAAAUUGAGAAACGUUUUGUUAAAAGCGAUAAGGCGAAAAUAAGCAUGUUGUUAAAAGACUUUACUUCCAAAAGAUAUUCAGGAAAAGGAAAUAUAAGGGAGUAUAUUAUGGAAAUGUCUUAUAUUGUUUCUAGGCUCAAGACACUUAAGAUUGAGAUAUCGGAAGAUGUUCUCGUACACAUAGUCUUGAACUCUCUUCCUAUUGCAUUUGAUCCUUUUAAGGUUAGUUAUAACUGCCAGAAGGAGAAGUGGUCUCUUAACGAGCUCAUUUCAUAUUGCGUGGAAGAGCUAGAGAGGAUGAAACAAAAUAAGACAGAAAGUGCUCACUUGGCUAGCACCUCUAAGGAUAAGGGUAAAAAGAGGAAUAGAACUCCCAUUAAGAAUGAAGCUGCUAAAGGUCCAGUACAGAAGAAACAUAAGGAAGGUGAAACAACCUGUUUCUUCUGUAAGAAGUCUGGACACAUGAAGAAGGAUUGUACCAAGUAUCACGCUUGGAAAGUGAAGACAGG